AUGUUCCCGCUGAGAGACAGAAGAUCUAGAUAUAGCCUUAACUACAUCAUCAGUAGACAUGCGACUGUUUUUAACCAGAGGGAGGAAAAUAGCUUCCAGAUGGUUGUUAUACAUGAAAAAAAUGAAUGUGAUGGUCUUCAGGCCGACAUUCCCUGGGUUUCAUAAGGGAGAAAAACAGAGCUAAAAUCAAACACAUGGAUAGGUAGCCAGAACAAGGUCCAUCUACAUAAUAAAAUUAAUACAAGGGCAAACAUUCAUGAGUGGAGUCCAUUUGGAAGAGCCUGCAGAGACGAUGUAUGUCUUCGGGCACACAUAACUCACGUUAGGGAGAAAACGUGUAAUUUUACUCAACGUGAAAAUAUCUUCAGAAAUAACUCAGUCCAUGCUGUGCAGAUGCAGUCCUGUACUGUAGAGACAAAGAAUAAGAAUCAUCAAAGUGGAAAAACCUUUGCCCCUGCUCCAAAUUCUGGUUCACACAGGAGAACUACUACUGGAGAGAAAAGCCAAACAUGUCCCAAAUGUGGGGAAGCCUUUACUCAUCAGUCGUUUCUUAUGAGACAUAUGAAAAUCCACACCGGAGAGAGACCUUAUGAAUGCGUCAGAGAGAAAGGCUUUAGAUAUUCCCUGCACUUUAGUAAACAUUUAAGAAAGAACAACAUUGUGCAGAAGCCCUAUGACUAUAACGAAUGUGGGAGCUUUCAGCAAGCCUCAAAACAUGCACACAUAAGGAGUCACACUGGAAAGAAACCCUAUAAAUGUGACAAUUGUGGAAAAGACUUUGCAGAGUCAUCAGAACUAAGCCAUCUUAAGGUUUACAAUAGUAAGAAGCCCUGUGAACGAAAGAAGCGUGAAAAGAAACCCUGUGAAGGUAAACUCUGUGGAAAGCCUUUCAUCUUCAUUAAUCUUGAGUAG